CUUAGCCAAGUUGUUAAUUAUAUUUUUUUUUUCAGGCUAAUCAAGCUAAGUAUAAGGUACCAAAUGCACGAAAUAACAUUUUACAAUUUGAUCCUACGAGAUGUAGGGUGAUGGUUCGUGAAGAUGGAAACAUAUACACUCUACCAAGAGAUUCAAUUACAAUUAUAUUACCUGAAAUUGAAGUUGAAUCUCCUCAAGUUAACAAUGAAUCAUUGGAACAAGAAGAAAAUGUUCAACCAUCAAUAUCAUCUACAGUUAGUGGCAAUGAUUUAAAUCCUGAAUUGUCAUCUUUAAGCCCAAUUGAGGAGGUACAAGAAGCAAAGACAGGCUUAACACAAAUAGAAAAAGAUGCUAUAGAAACCUUGGAUUAUUUUAUAACCAAGAACAAACAUAAAAACAAUUUCAUUCAAAAUUAUGAAGAUUUGACAUCCAGUCAUAAAUCUAAUUUGAAUUAUCUUGAAACAGCAAGUUCAUCAGAAAUAACAACCACGGCUAACAAUAAAAGGAAAACAAAUGACUUUGAUGAAGAUAGUUUUGAUGAAUAUGGUAACAUAAAAAAAAUAAAAUUGCUUAAGAAAAAGUCAAAUACAGAUGAUCUUGAACAGGAUAUUAUUGAUUCCCAUUUCGUACAAAUUGAUGAUUUCCAUAAAGAGGUUACAAUUUCUGUAACCGAGGAUCAAUUAAAAGUGGAUGAUCAAAACAAAUUGUACAACUCAAAUUGUGAUACAAUUGGUAAUAAUUCAAGUUAUGAAUUUAAUAAUCCAUCAAAUAAAACAGAAAUCAUGUUGAAAGAUAACACAAAUUUAAUUGUAACAGACGAGUCCUUACAUGAAACAAAUUUAGACACAUCCGAAAAAAAUAUAUUAUCUGAAACCAAUUAUUUUGAAGAGGUUACAACUGCCAAACCGGGAGAACAAUUAAGGUUUGACGAUCAACAAAAUUUGAUGAACUCAAAUUGUGAUGCAGCUGGUAAUAAUUCAAUACAAAUUGAUGAUUUCCCUAAAGAGGUUACAAUUUCUGUAACCGAGGAUCAAUUAAAAGUGGAUGAUCAAAACAAAUUGUACAAUUCAAAUUGUGAUACAAUUGGUAAUAAUUCAAGUGAUGAAAUUAAUAACCCAUCAAAUAAAACAGAAAUUAUGUUGAAAGAUAACACAAAUUUAAUUGUAACAGACGGGUCCUUACAUGAAACAAAUUUAGACACAUCCGAAAAAAAUAUAUUAUCUGUAGAAACCAAUUAUGUUGAAGAGGUUACAACUGCCAAACCGGGAGAACAAUUAAGGUUUGACGAUCAACAACAUUUGAUGAACUCAAAUUGUGAUGCAGUUGGUUAUAAUUCAAGUUAUGAAUUUAAUAAUCCAUCAAAUAAAACAGAAAUCAUGUUGAAAGAUAACACAAAUUUAAUUGUAACAGACGAGUCCUUACAUGAAACAAAUUUAGACACAUCCGAAAAAAAUAUAUUAUCUGUAGAAACCAAUUAUGUUGAAGAGGUUACAACUGCCAAACCGGGAGAACAAUUAAGGUUUGACGAUCAACAACAUUUGAUGAACUCAAAUUGUGAUGCAGUUGGUAAUAAUUCAAUACAAAUUGAUGAUUUCCAUAAAGAGGUUACAAUUUCUGUAACCGAGGAUCAAUUAAAAGUGGAUGAUCAAAACAAAUUGUACAACUCAAAUUGUGAUACAAUUAGUAAUAAUUCAAGUUAUGAAUUUAAUAAUCCAUCAAAUAAAACAGAAAUCAUGUUGAAAGAUAACACAAAUUUAAUUGUAACAGACGAGUCCUUACAUGAAACAAAUUUAGACACAUCCGAAAAAAAUAUAUUAUCUGAAACCAAUUAUUUUGAAGAGGUUACAACUGUCAAACCGGGAGAACAAUUAAGGUUUGAGGAUCAACAAAAUUUGAUGAACUCAAAUUGUGAUGCAGCUGGUAAUAAUUCAAGUCACAAACUUAGUACCUCUAAUGAAACAGAAAGCAAGCCAUCAGAAAAUUCAAGUUUAACUAUUAUAGAAGAAGAGUUACAGCUUAAAAUACAUUUAAAUGUAGAUGAUCAACCGAAAAAACUUAUAACUGAUGAAUUAAAGCAACAUAUGACAAGGGAGUUUCAGGAAUGGUUGAACUCGGUUGAUUUUUCAACUAAAAAACCAUGUUGUUGUAUGAAUUCAUUUUUUCAACAACUUAAUAAAGAUCCAAAUCUCAUCACAAGAGUGAAGUUCAAAGAUUUAUUGAGUGGCAACCAGAAAAGUUUCGAUUUUAGUCAAGGAAAUACUGUAAAUGGACACAACUUAAAUGCGUCUAUAAAACAGGAAAUUUUUAAUGAACCAUGUGACGAUCUUGGAGGUAAUCGUGAUAAUGGAGAUAAUGAAGAAAGUGGCACACCUAAAUUAAAGGACAGUCAAUCUGAUAAAGUAACUUUAAUUGUUACUACAAGACCUGCAGAUAAUUUAAAUGAAGAUAAUGACGUAAAAUUGGAAAAUUUGAUAGAAAUAGAAGCUACUUUUGCUUCCGAAGAUAGUCUUGUUCAUAAAAAACAACCAAGUUAUGCACCCAAUGAUAAACCUACUAUAGAAAAAUGUGACGUAUCUAAAAUUGAAAGUUUAUCACCAACUACUCCAAUUCCUCUGGAAAAUAAUCAAAGGAAAGUUAAUGACCACCAAGAUAAAACUACUGACAAUUAUACAUCAGUUGAUAGUUUUAUUUUAAGCAAAAGUAAUGAUCAUAAUAUAGGAAAUUCCUCAAAUUCAUCAAUGUCAGAAAAUGUGAUGAACAAAAAAAAGAAAAAUAAAGAUCACAAAAAUAAAAAUACUGAUGGAGAAGAUCAUGUCUAUAGAGUAAAAGCAUCAACAUCAACUAAGUCAAUAAAUAAGAACAUACAUGAAAAACACAAACCGACCAAAGGAGGAGAUAAUGUUCAUAAAGUUAAAGACGUAUUAACAUCAACAAAUGAGUCAAAAAAUAAGAAUAUUUAUGAAAAAUACAAACCGACCAAGGGUCUAGCAGUUAGUUAUAUAAAAAAAACAAACCUCUAUACAAAACUAUUAAAAAGCAAGUCUAAGGAUCUAUAUUAUAUAGAUUCUGAUGAUAAUGAUACGGUUACUACCAAGAAUGUAAAAGAUCUUACUUCUAACGAUAGUUUUACUUUAAACCAAAUUGAUGAUUAUGAAACUGGCUGUUCUUCAAGUUCAUCAACAGUGUCUAACAAAAAAAAUAAAUUGAAUGAUCGUAAAAGUGAUAAUACAGAUGAUCAUAUUCAGAGAGAAAAAGAAUGUUCAUCAACACCAAUAAGCCACUUAAAUAUUCAAAAUAUUUAUAACAAGAGCAAAGCAUCUAAGGAAAUUGAUAACUUGAAAAAACCACAAGUAUAUGAAAAAUAUACUAAAAACAAGUCCAAGGAUGUGAAAAUUAAUGACGACAAAUAUAAUUUUUUCAACACAGACCAUAAUCAAGAUAUUGCUUCUGAUAAUAGCUUUACUUUAAAUGAAAAUAAUCAACCUGGAGCUUGUAGUAUUUCAAGGUCAUCAACAUCAACAAAAGUGGCAAAUAAAAAGAAGAAAAUUAGAGAAAAUAAAAGUGAAAUAACUGAUGGAGAAGAUAAUUUUUGGAGAUCAAAAUCAUCGACAUCAAUAACAAAGUCAACCGAUAAGAUAUUACUUGAUGGAAAAGAAAAAUCAACUGAGUGUCUACCAGUUAGUUAUUUGAAAAAAUUAAAAAUUCAAGAAAAAUUUUUAAAAAACAAGUCUAAGGAUUCAUUAAAAAUAAAUAAUGAAGAUAAUUUUGAAACGGACUAUCAACAAGAUGAUAGAUCUAAUGAUAGUUCUAUUACAAAUCAAAGCAAUCGACUUAAAGUUUGUAGUUCCUCAAGUUCAUCAACAUCAAGAAAUGUGACAAAUAAAAAAAAGAAACCUAAUCAUUGUGAAAGUGGAAAUUCUGAUGGAGAAGAUCAUUUUUGGAGUCCAAAAGUGUCUAACAAUAAGAUAUUACAUGGUGAAUACAGUAAAUCAACCGGGGAUAAACCAGAUAAUAAUUUUAAAAAAUCAAAAGCUUAUAAAAAAUUUCUUAAAAGCAAGUCUAGAGAUGCAUUUAUAAGUAAUAAUAAAGAAAAAGUUGAAGCUAACUAUCAACAAAAGCUUAUAUCAAAUGAAAGAAAACAACCUGAAGCUUGCAAUUCAUCAAUAUUAACAAAUAUGACAACUAAAAAAAUGAAAACUAAAAAUCAUAAAAAUGAUGUUUCUGAUGAAGAUCAUUUUUGGAGAGGAAAAACAUUGACGACCGAGUCAAACAAAAAGAUAAAUUAUGACAGAGAAAAAAAAUCAACUGAGGGUCUAGGAGUUAAUUACAUAAAACAAAUAAAUUUGUAUCAAAAGCUUCUAAACAGCAAGACUAGAGAUGCAGUUUUAAAUUAUGAAAAAAAGGAUUUUGAUGAUGACUACCGACAUGAAGAUGAAACAUCUAAUGAAAGUUUUAUUAUGAAUCAAAGUCAUCAACCUGAAGCUUGUAGUUCUUCAAGCUCACCAAUGACAAAAACUGUUACAAAUAAAAAUAAGAAAACUAAUUAUUGCGAAAGUAGAAUUUCUGAUGAACAUUUUUGGAGAUCAAUAGCAUCAACAUCAACAACAGAGGCCAACGAUAAGAUAAUACUUGAUGGAAUUGACAAAUCAAUGGAGUGUUUACCAGUUAAUUACUUAAAAAAUAUAAAAGUUCAUGAAAAACUUCUAAAAAGCAAGUCUAAGGAAUCAUUAAAAAUUGACGAUAUAGAUAAUUUUGAAGCUGACUAUCAACAAGAUGUUAUUUCAAAUGAAAGUAAUCAACUUGGAGCUUGCAGUUCAUCAAUCUCAACAAAUGUGACACCUAAAAAAAAGAAAACUAAAGAACAUAAAAAUGUUAUGUCUGAUGAUCAUUUUUGGAGAGGAAAAGCAUCAACUUCGACAUCAACAACUGAGCCAAAUCAUAUGUUUAUGUUUGUCAAAAGAAGCGAAGCAAUUGAGCGUCUUGGAGUUGAUCACAAACAUAAGUCAAAAGUGUUAAAAAAAUAUGCAAAGAAAAAGUCAAAUGAUCUAGAUUUAAAUAGUGACAGCGAAGUUAAUGUAGUUGGUGACUCUCUACUAGAUUUAACUUCCAAUAGUCUAACUUUGAAUAAUAGUAAUUUUUCUGAUAUUGCUACUUCAACAAUAGAAACAACUGUAUUAAUUAAUAAGAAGAAAAUUAAUAACCAUAAAAAUAAAGUUACUGAUGGAGUUAAUUGUGUCAAAGAAGUAAGAGAGCUUAAAAAAGAUAUUAAAAAGAAAUCGCAUGUUGUAGAUAUUCUCCCUGACAAAGAUGAUAAAGUGAUUAAUAACUAUCAACCAAUUCCCAAAUCAAAUAAUGGAAAUUGGUCAUGUGGAAGUGCUAGUUCAUCGAAUUCAAUACCUUUGUCAAAUCACCAAAUAGAAUCUGACGACGAUGCACAUACCACUGAUGAUGAUGAUCAAUAUGUUAAAAACAGAAAAAUUUCUAAAAAACAACAUAAACCUUUUGAUGAUGUAGACCGUAGUAUUUUCGAGGCAUUUGGAUAUGAAAAACUAUAUUCAAGAGCUGCAAAGGUGAAAGCUAAUGAAGCAAUAUCGCUGAUGAGUAAACCACCUAUCAACAAAGAUAAGAAAAACGAUGCUACAAAACGAUCAAAAAAUGGCAAGAAGAAGGAUGAAUUUGAUCCAUGGCAUGGCAUGUUGACACUGGAAGACUACAAUGUGAAGUUGCCAAAGUUUGCUCAACAAAUAUUAAUUCUAGAUAAACAUAUGCUUGAAGAUGAUCGUUGUAUUUCAAUAGUGCCUUCAUAUACAACUGUGUUUACUAUUAUAAAUGAUUACAUACGUAAAACCGAAACUGAUUGGCAGGAAAUGGGUAUCAUUAUGUUAGAAGCAUUUAACUGUUCAUUGUAUUUGUGGUUGUUGCAUCCACUUGAAAGGCCUAAACAUGAUCAUGUUGUACAUAACAAUGUUGGCAUAUCUAUGUGUCACAUUUAUGGACUUCCUCAUUUUCUCAGAUUUAUCACGAAACUGCCCAAAAUUUUCCACUUGGUGAAGAAUAACUUGGACAACUUUGUACCUGAAGCUGUUGAGUUUAUUAAAGGAUUACUAUGUUUUAUAGAACAACAGUAUGAAAAAAGUAUCUACAUUAUGAAUUAUGACUGUAUAAUGCCCUAUGAAUAUAGAAGGGCAUACUAUGUGUAACUUUUUUCCUCUCGGAAUGAUACAGUUAUCCGUAACUAUUUGUUGUUCAUUACACAUACCUAGAUAAUAGUUAAUUACUCUGUAAAAUUUUUUUUUCAUACAUUCAUUGUAAUUCAUUAACUUUUUUUACCGUAGUUUUAUUAUUUAUUAUUAUUUGUUAAGUAUAAAGUAGGUUACUCUUUUAAUAUGUAUUCAAAUUAAUAUUUAUUGUUUAAAAUAAAAGCAUUUUUCUAUUGUAAUAAAUAUGUUCCAAUAGCUUUAUUAGUAUAGUACUUAUAUGACUUUGAUUAUUAUUUACAGUAAAAUCAUUUUACACAAACUUUUAAAAAAAAUUUGUGUUGUUUUUCAUUUAUUUUAUUUGAACUAUUAGUGAUAUUUAUGUAAGUCAUAAUAUUUGUCUACAUGUUAACUAAGAUAUAUUUGAGUACAAUUAUUCAAAUAUAUAUUUAUCUCGUGCACGGCAUGUCGACAUAUAUCUCAUUAUUCUUAUAAAACAUAUUGUAUCUUGAAUUUAUCUUCGAAAAAACCAGUUAGUUCUUAAGUUAAUUAUUUAUGAAAAAUGUUUUCCACUAUUCUAUUUUAAUUUAAUUUAAUUUACUAUUUAGUAAACAAACCUUUAUCAAAUGUUAUAUUCUGGAUAAAUUAACUGUACCCUACUAUUAUAUAACUUUUGUUAAGUGUACAAAUGUACACAAGGUUAAGAGACUGAUAUUGUUUUAUGUUAUUAAAAUGUAUUUCUUAUUAUGAAAGUAUUCAGUAAUUGUAGUAAAUGUAAAUUUAUUUAUUUAAAAAUUUACUUUGUUUACCAACUUAAUAAAUAUGUUAUUAUCUAUGUGUAAA